AAGUAGAAAGAUUUGCCGACACUAACCGAUUGCUCAGAUGAAAAUAGAAAUUUAACGCACUCAGUCGUUACAGGUAUAUUUGUAAUUUACAGUUUUGAAGAAAAAAAACAUAGAACGUUGAAACUAAGAAAUAUUGUGAUAAACUAACGUAAUUAAUACCCCAUUUCUAUCGAAUCUCAUCUUUGUAUUCUGUUUAGCAGCUUAAUUAACCCAUUGAAUUGUUAUUUUGGCUCGCAGUAUGUCUAGCAACAUUAAAGACUUCAUGAAUGGCUCUGAUGCUCUAGGAUUCUUAGUGUCCACUAAAAAGAUACCGGUGCUGAUCCAAGAUCCUAUGUCGAUAUCGUGGGAUGAUGCUACUUGGAUCAUGACCAGUUCUUUCAUCAUUUUCACCAUGCAGUCUGGAUUUGGAUUACUCGAGUCUGGCUGUGUCAGCAAGAAAAACGAAGUGAACAUAAUGGUAAAAAACGCCGUCGACGUCAUAUUUGGAGGCCUUGGUUAUUGGAUGUUUGGGUACGGGAUGAGCUUUGGACAAGGCGCAGGCACAAAUCCUUUCAUCGGAAUAGGAUCUUAUUUUAUUGACGCCGAUGAGAAAGAAAUGGGAUCUAUUUUUGCUACUUACAUAUUCCAACUGUCUUUCGCUACAACUGCAACAACAAUAGUCUCUGGAGCUAUGGCGGAGCGAUGUAAUUUCUUGGCUUACUGUAUUUUUUCUUUCUGUAACACCGCUGUAUUCUGCAUCCCAGCUGGUUGGAUAUGGAGGAAAAAUGGGUUUCUCAAGACACUACACGUUGUGGACAUUGCUGGAUGUGCUUCAGUACACCUAGUAGGUGGCGCCUCUUCCCUGGUGGCAGCCAUCAUGCUCAAACCUCGAACAGGUCGUUUUGAUCAUGGCAUCGAACCUCCUCCUAUGGGAUCCCCGACAAACGCUAUGGUUGGAAUGUUUAUGCUGUGGUGGGGCUGGUUGGGUUUUAAUUGUGGCAGUACGUUUGGAGUGUCGGGUCAUAAGUGGAAGUACGCUGCAAGAUCUGCUAUCGCCACUAUUAACUCGUCGGUAGGUGGCGGAAUGGCCGCUCUUACUUUUAGCUAUAUUGCGCACAAGAAAAAAUUUAUGAUCUUAGACUUUAUCACCGGAAUCCUGGCAUCUUUGGUGUCUGUGACGGCUGGAUGUGCUCUUUAUCACCCAUGGGAAGCCCUUAUAGUGGGUACGAUAGGAUCACUGGUGGCCAAUGUUACAACGCCCAUCCUUAACAAGCUCAAUAUCGACGAUCCAGUUGGAGCUAUCGCAGUUCACGGCAGCAGUGCCAUCUGGGGUAUGUUGGCUGUUGGAAUAAUAGUUGAAAAAGAUUCACUGCUUUCAUUGAGCAAAGGCAAUGCUGGACUUUUUCGUGGAGGUGGAUGGUACCUUUUAGGAAUACAGACCUUGGCUGCUAUUAUCAUCAUUAUCUGGAGUUUUGCUUGUACUUUUCUUUUGUUAUUUACCAUUAACAAGCUGAUUCCCAUUCGUAUGUCCCUUGAGGAUGAGCUCGCAGGGGCGGAUUUUGUGGAACACAACAUUCGUUACGAAUGGAAUACUCCAUCAAAAGUCGAACUCUGCACGAUCAAAGAUUGCAGAGGAAUAAUGGAGCCUUUGACUGGAAUAACGAUGGAACCAACACCGAAAAACAGUAAUAUAAGCUCUCCAAUAAUAGACAAAACAUCUGUAAGUCCGAAGAAAGAAAACGUGGUUCAAACCAACUCCUGAGGUAUUAAGGAAAAAUUAAGUAAAUAAACCUGAUCAUUCCAGUUUUCCAAAAUAUAUAGGCUGUACUAUUCAAGAUGCAAUGAUCUGGUAUUCAAGUCACCUACAAUUGUGAUGGUCAGUUAUUACUCUGUAUAUAUAUAUUUUCUAUACAAACAAUUUCCAUAUUACUCCUUAAACUGACUGUGCUACACUUCAGACUAUAUAAAAAGAAGAAAAAAAAUGGCUGGAGGUUCUAUAUCAUAAAAAGUAUUCAAUUAAUUUAAUUCCGAUUCGAUAAAUAUUUCUAAAACCUUCCUUGUGGGCUUAAUGUACAGUAAGUGAAUCAUGUAUAGCUGUAUAGAUGGUACACGACUCCAACGUAUUCAUGUUUAUUUUAUCUGGUUCGUGUGUUCAACA